AUGUCUGAGCAGCCGGCCGACAAGGAGAACGUUGCUCCGCGGCAGUUUCCGUACAAAGUGCGCAAACCCAAUCGGCGCCACACGCUGCUUCCUGUUGCUCCACGGAGCAUAUUGAAGACGAGCUUGGACGAAAACCAGACAAUAGCUAUCAUCCCUAAGAACAAGACCAAGAAGCGGCGGGUUUCCUUUGCUACGGAUGUCGAUGUGCGCAGUAUUAUCCAUAGAACGUACGAGAAGGACGGGUAUGCAGAGCCGAGCGGGUUUCGUCCGCGGAGACGAGACUCGUUACAGUUGCAACCAAGAAGGUUCUCGUUGGUGGGGCAUAGUCAGAGUCCGCAGAUUGUUGACGACGAGGCGGACGAUUUCUCGCAGGUGGUUCAGAAAGUUUCUGCGAGUAGCGUGGAGGAGGAUAAUUUGAGUCAGCCAAUGGAAAUGUCUGUGGAGUUGAACCAGGAGGUUCGUCAGAUGGUUCGGGAGAACUACGGGUAUGAGACGUUGGAGCAGCCUGAUGUUCCCGACCUGGCUGCUACGUUUAGUCAGAUUGACGAGGAAGAUACCAUGGAAUUCACACAGCCGGUGCCGAAACAGACGGUCGAACCAGAGGAGGAGAUCGAGAACUCGCAGCCAAUGGAGUUUACGCAGCCGAUCAGAGCAGCCGACCCGGUGGACGAGUCGAUGGAGCUCACACAGCCAGUGAAAAGAGAUGAGGAGGCAGACACAGGAAUGGAGUUUACCCAGCCGAUUCGCCAGGAAGUUAGAGCUCCUGUUAAGGCAUUUUCUGUUCCAGAACCUGACUCGCAGGAACAGAUGGAGUUCACGCAGCCGAUCCGCGAGUUUGUCAAGCCAUUCUCGCCCACAGUCGAGGCUACUCCGCCACGCCAAACGAAAACAGCAAAUUCAACGCCGGGAUCGAGCGCACGCUCGCAGAAAAUACGCACAGACGAGUACGGCUCGCCGCAGAGUGCGUCCAAGAACUCUGUGCUGGAGUUCACCGGACUCUCGAAGCCAAAAGAUAUUGUUGAGAGUUUGAAACAGUUGGAAGAGGAGGAAGAAGAACACAAAGAGGCCAACACUUCUGUUGACACGAGCGCAGUUGACGAGUCAAUAAUAAUUGCAGAGAAAGUGCCUUUGGCCGAGGUCACGAUGGACUCGGAAAACGACGAUGACGAAGCAAACUACGACGACGAGGACGAUGAUUAUGUGCAUGUGACGCUUCCGCAGUUCUUGAACCAAGUGCAGGUCCAGUUUUACGACCAUAUUGGUCCUUCUGAACGGGAACUCACGGUCACCAGUGAAGGAUCUGGGUCUCAGGGUCUUCACAAGUAUGUGGAUGCCGUGACAGAGUUCCCGAACUUUGACUAUUUCUACCAUCUAAUUGCACAGCGCAAGUCGGGCAUUGAUCGCUCGCAGAAAACCAUCAAGGACUUCACCGAAGGUGUGGUGAACAACAACCCAACGUCGGUGCGGGAGUUCUACGAAAGCAACGACGAGGUGCAGAAAGACCUUAAAGUCAACUACCAGGCGCUGGCGAGCUUGGCACGGAGUAUUGCCGAGCAUGGGAACUUGGUGUUUAUGACGAGCUCGUUGGAAGGACUGCUUAAAUCGUAUGAGAACCGCAAGAUGUCUGUGAACUCGCAGUUUGCGGACAUGGAGGACAUUCGCGAAGCGUUCAGCGAGGAGCACCAGAAAUGCGUUAAACGGAGAGCCGAGUUGAGCAAGACGCUUGCUCUGUUGCAGGAUAAACAGAAGAACCUGGCGAAUGUGGAUACGAACCGGCUGGAGGAGCUGAAGGUCCAGCUGGAAGCUGCGCAGGCACGCAAUGCUGCAUUGAAGGAGCGGAAAGAGGUGCUGGACCGUGAGAUCUCGGAGGAAGGUGCUAAUCUGAAAGUGGUUUCAUCGACCCUGCUUGAAACCACUGAGGAGGACCGCAAGUUGAAGGAAGAGCUGGCUGCAAUCAGACUGCCGUCAGAGACAGAGCUGGAACGGCUUCAUCAGCAGUUUUCCAGCAUUCAGCAGUCAGUCGGACUGAAACUGGUAAACUUGACGGACACAAGACUUGAACUACAGCUUGGCAACGAGUUUGAAAUUGGAAUCGAUCUCUCUACGGGAAACAGAACGGUUGCUCUGCGGUCGUCCAACAGCGAGUUUUCCGGGCUUCACAAGAAGUACGUGUCUACACUGGAAGCCAUGACAGGCUCAUCGUUGAGAGAGUAUCUUUCGCUGGUGACGGAGUCGUACCGACAGUUCAGUGUUCUGGUCAAGGAGCUCAAGAUUGUGAGUCUUUACUACCAGUUCCGCCAAUUUGAGGACCGAUUUGCGUUCACGGUUGCAAAGGCGGACAAGUACAGUUUGGAGGUGAACUUUGCUGUGGACCAGGUGCUCAGUUUCACGAGCCCCGUCAAGAUCCACACGCAGCUGGUGCGGCUGUGCAACGAGGACGUGACAGAGAGCGCCAUUCUCAACGGAGUUACUAACUGUGCUAAUCUGGGUCUGUUCCAACGGAUGGUGAUCUAG